CAAAGACCCCCUAACCACUCGUCCGCGCAGUAGACCGCAGAAGUCUCACGCGGACGGACAGGACGUUGGAGUAACUCGCGAAAAGUCCUUCCUUUUACUAUUUUUAAAAUGUUUGUGGACUAUUAUAUAAAAGGUGGGCGCCGCUCGUUUGGUUUAAGAGAGGUUUGUCGCUGAUAACGCCGCCAUCUUGCGUCCCAGCACCGAGGUCAGUAACCUGUGACAGAGGACCUGAUGGAAAAGCUGCGAUUUAACCAAAUUGCCCAUUAAAAUUCACGAAAAACGACUCUAUUCUUCGGUAUUACAGAUUUAAAUUGACAGUAAUUCACAGCUUUAACUGCUAAUAGGGAGGGGUGCUUACACCUGCUACAAGUGGAUUCAGAUUACUGUUGGAGUUUGGGCCGCCACCUUCAAGGAUCCGUCCCGUGACGGAAGGACGCUUCUAAGCCUUUCAUUGUGAGCCCCAGUCUUCCCUCACUCUGCACAGAUGUAUGCUGAGAAAGUGGUGAAGGAGGGGAAGAUGGGUGAGUGCACGUGGAGCAAGGGGAUCUCGCUUACCUGUGUGCUGACCCCGUGUCGGUUGAUUGUGGUGACUGUGAUUCUGAUGACUUUGGGAGCCAUCGGAGCAGCAGUCUGGGCCGUAGUUACAUACUGUACAACAGAACAAGACACUGGACACUAUGAUGUCCAGGUCAAUUCUGCUGACCAGCACCUCAGAGUCUUUGACGCCACCCAGAAGAGGUGGCGCCAGGUGUGUUCCUCCUCAGCCAACGAGCUGCUCGCCAGUAUCAGCUGUGAAGAAGUCGGAUUUGUCAGUGUAGUGAACUACUCCGUCGCCUCAGUGCCUGAAGCCGGUGGAGACAGUGGCGAGUUCUUCUGUGUCAAAACCGAGGAGCUCAGCUACAACAAGAAAAUGAAAGACACUUUGUAUCCAUGCGACUGUGAGAGCAGAGAAGUUCUCAAGCUCCUGUGUCAAGACUGUGGCAGACGAAGCUUUGCUGCUGACCGUAUUGUCGGCGGUGUUGAUGCUCGGCAGGGCAGUUGGCCUUGGCAGGUCAGUUUACAGUAUGACGGAGUUCACCAGUGUGGAGGAUCCAUCAUCUCCAACCGCUGGAUCGUCUCUGCUGCUCACUGCUUCCCUGAGCGGUACCGCUUUGUCAGUCGCUGGCGGGUGCUGCUGGGAUCCAUCCACAACAAACCAGUCAACGCCAACGUGGCUGAGGUGAAGACCAUCGUUUACCACAGCAGCUACCUGCCAUUUGUGGACGCCAAUAUUGACGACAACAGCAGAGACAUCGCUGUGCUGGCGCUCACGCAACCACUCAUCUUCACUGAGUACAUCCAGCCCGUGUGCCUGCCAGCUAUCGGCCAGCGGCUGAUCGACGGUCAGAUGGGGACGGUCACUGGCUGGGGAAACGUGGGAUAUUAUGGUCAUCUGGCUGACGUCCUCCAAGAAGCAAACGUGCCGAUCAUCAGUGACACCGUCUGUAAUGCUCCCGACUACUACGACAACCAGAUCACCACCACCAUGUUCUGUGCCGGCUAUGAGAAGGGAGGCACUGAUGCCUGCCAGGGGGACAGCGGUGGACCGUUUGUGGCCGAGGACUGCUUGUCCAAGACCAGUCGCUAUCGUCUGUUAGGGGUCGUGAGCUGGGGCACAGGAUGUGCUAUGGCAAAGAAGCCUGGCGUGUACACUAGAGUGUCCCGGUUUCUCCCCUGGAUAUCUGCAGCCAUGAGGAAUUAUCAAAACUCGCCUGGGGUUCACAAAUUGUCCCGGACAUGAGAUCCCAGCUUCAUUUUUAAUAUGGACUAACGUCAACAGGAGGCUUGACACGUCAAGAUAGAGAAGAAUGUGAUUCUUUUCUGGUGAGAUUUUCUUCCUUUUUACUCUGAUGUUAUUCUACUUGGGCUCACCACCAUCAUUUAUUUCUAGAUAUAUUGUUAUGUAUGUAAAAGAAGGAUUUCAAGAAGCCCUCUGAGACGAUUGUUGAAGUGAAACUUGAAAAGUUUCCUCUCACGUUGCCUUUUUUCAAAACCAAAGAUUACUCUUCCACAAUUAUCUUGCAAGUUUUAUGCUUUUAAGUUAAGCAAAUUUUAUGCUCGCUUGCACGACACACAUAGUAGGCAAGAGAAAGAAAGAAAACUUGUCCUGCUGCUCACUUGACAAAAAGGUUUCUGAAUUCAGAUGUUGAUUUAAAAACACUAUUAAAUUCUGACUCAAAUCUUCGUUGUCCCUUUGUCAACAUGUUCUGAAAAUGUCACUUUUUGAGUUAUUUUUCUGCAGACAGCCAGAUAGAUCCAUGGCAGAGGUGAAAAUGAACUUGAAUGUGAGGGGUUUUCUGUUUAUGCCAAAGAUCUUCCGUUACACUGCAAUUGUUUUUCUUGCUGGGGGCUAUAAUGUCAACAUAUGGAGCUCCUACUUUGAUCAUGUUUGCUCAUAAAUAAACCAACAAACAACACUAUGUCAAGCCGAACUGUCUAAGGUUGAUAUCCACACACAAAAAUAGAACUUUGUUGUCAAAUUGUUGAUUGAGUAAAUAAACCGACAUCUUUGAUCCAGAAACUUUGAUGAACACUUCAAUAUUAAUUCACCUCUCACAUUAUAAAUUCAGUCUCAUAUUCAACAGUAUUUUGUGAUUACUUUUGUAAAUAAUUGCCACUUUUUUUUUAAACGCUUUUUCGUUUUGUUACAUUGUGUUGCAUUAUUUUGCAGAAUAUAUUGUGAAGAGUGCAAUAAUCAUUUUGCCAACUUUUUCAAACCGCUCCAGCGAAUGGACGUUAAUGUUAACAUGCUUAUGCACAAAGUUUGAAACGUGUUGUUAUUGUGCACCUGGUUUAGUCAAACAUUCUUAGAACGACCGUCAAUAUCACAAAGAUUUAUGCCUGAACACUUGCUGUUUUUAUGAAGUGAAUGUUUCCACACCACUUGAUGUAUUUGUACUUAUCUGACAUAAAUGCUGCUUUUAUUUCAAAAAUAAAACCUGAAAAAA